AUGUUAAAUGGGUCUCUUGAUGGUCAUCUAUUUAAGAAGAGCAAUGCAAAUGUUGUCGUCCUGAAUUGGAACAUCAGAUGUCAGAUAUCCCUAGGAGUUGCUAGAGGAUUGUGCUACUUGCACCAGGGUUGUCGUGAGUGCAUCAUACACUAUGAUAUUAAGCCAGAGAACAUACUUCUGGAUGCAUCAUUUGUUCCUAAAGUUGCUGACUUUGGGUUGGCAGCGUUUGUGGGAAGGGAUUUCAGCCGAAUUCUGACUUCAUUCAGAGGAACUGUGGGUUAUCUUGCCCCAGAGUGGCUUACUGGAGUGGCGAUCACACCGAAAGUCGAUGUUUACGGCUUCGGCAUGGUGCUAUUGGAAAUCAUAUCAGGAAGGAGGAAUUCCUCACCUGACAGCAGCAUCAACAGUAACCAGAAUAUCGAAUACUUCCCUGUGCAAGCCAUAAGCAAGCUUCACAGUGGAGAUUUGAAGAGUUUGGUGGAUCCACGGGUACAUGGUGACUUCAACUUGGAAGAGGCUGAAAGGAUUUGCAAAGUUGCAUGUUGGUGCAUCCAAGAUAAUGAGUUGGAUCGGCCGACCAUGGGUGAAGUAGUCCGGGUUCUCGAGGGUCUACAGGAGAUUGAUGUGCCCCCAAUGCCAAGACUGCUUGCAGCUAUAACGGAAUAA